AUGUCAGUGUUUUCCUACCUGUUCGGGCUCCUGACAUUGUUGGUCUUGGAAUCAGUGGCUUCACCAGUGCUUCCGAUUCCGGGCAGCCCGCUAUCACGUGAAGAGUAUGAGGUCUUCUUUGAGAGCCUGAAGCCCACCUGGAAGGCAGAAACAUUCUGCCACUUGCGCCAGACAAAAGGCUGCUACAGCUCUGCCAUCAUUAAGCUGGACAUGGAGGAGAACCAUGGCCUCAUCCCUGAAGGUCCAGUCUGCUCUGAAUUCCUGGAGGCACCGAGCUUUCAGUCUUUCUGCCAUUUCACCCAAUACCGCUGCAUCAAACAGCAGUUCUACACCAAGCGGAUCCCGUGUACAGGUUUAUCUCCAACAAACCUCCAGUUGACGGAGCAACCCACCACUGUGGUCUUCAAGGCAGAGGACAAAAGCUCUCCUACACAGAUAGCUCCAGAGCAGGCUCGUCUCUCAUCUGCUGAUGGUCUGAUUAACAACAUGGUGAAAGUUCUCCUGGACUACUCGUACAUACUGUCAGGUCUGAAAUCGCCACUGGAGAAGCUCCCCCUGACCACACCAGGAAGGGUGAUACCAACACAGGCCAUGGAGCUGGCCGUGCUCCCACCAACCCCACAGGUCCCAACUGCCUCAGCCCUGUCACCUCCCAGCCCGGGACCCUCCGCCCAGACAGAGCGAACAUGGAGGCAACACUUAUGGAACAAAAUCCGGCCCAUCAUCUACUUGUCCCUCUCCCGGAAGCUGCCUCAGGUCACCACAGUCUCUGCUCCAAACUUCAUGAGCAAACCAAUAACAGAAAACACAUCCAUCAGCACCAAGGAGGAGGUGCAGAAAACAGCCUCCCAUGGCAGCCUUUUAGCCCUGAAUUUGGAUCAGGCAAUGACGAUCCUGUGCAAGGCAGUGCUGGAGGGAAACUGUCUCUCGGAGGCAUACACAAAGGCCUGGAAGGAGAUGGAAGCAAAAGUCUAUGAGUUUGGAGAUGAGGUGUGUGACAGCCUCGGACGUCGUCACAUGGAGCUGUGCCAUGACUGCGCUUUCUGCUCGCUGAAGAGGGAGCAGUGUAAGGACAGCAGAAACCUGACCCGUGUCCACUGCAAUGCAGGCAGCUUCACCACCUACAUCAACCCUGAGAUCUCAGCCCAGCACCAGGCCGCAGCCAACAAGAUCAGCUCCUCAGAGACCUGGCAGUACUAUGGAAUGAAGGAUUUCCUGGGGCUGAAAGCAGAGUACUGGUGCAGCCAGAUGGCAACGCGUGGCUGUGAGGACAAGCGUGUGGCUCUCUGGCUGAGGAUAGAGUACACCGCUUUCCCAGAUGGAGAUGCCUCGGACCAGAUCUGUGACUCAGAUGGAGUUCAGUACCCCAGCUACUGCGUGUUCAAGAGCCACCAGUGCUUCCAGAAGAGCGUCUACAACGUGCAGGUGUUUCGCUGCAGCUGCCACAGAAACAAGAAGUACCAGGUGCUGACUGAGGAGGAGGGAGAGGAGAAGGUGCAGCUGUGGCGCCAGCAUUUCUACCUGCCCAAGAAUGAAACACGGUAGUGGGGGCGGCACAGGAAGCUCAGUCCUCUGGGAACAGGCUCCCUGGGACUUUGCUGGGGCAGAGAGCCUGGAUAGACUCGGACAACUCUUGCCAGACCCCUUGCUGGCCAGCCAGCCCAUCAGGGCAGGAUCUGCCCCUCGGAGGCCCUGCCAGCGACUCAUCAUGAGGGAAGCUUCACUCAUCAGCAUUUCCCUGUGGCACUUGCUGGGACUUCUCCUGAAAACAUUUUCUGCAGCCAGAGGAGUAGCUGAGCUUUGGAGAAGGCAUCAGCUGCGGUGUCCUGUGUUUAAUUUUCGGGGCACGGCCAGGCUAUUGCACCCCACGCUGAUUUCACGCUGUAAGGAGGGCUGCGGCUGCUCAGUCAGGACUGAGCAUCGGGCUACAGGCGGU